CAGCCGGUGGAGCUGUCGCGGGAUUUCAUAAGGGGCGGGCCCUCUCAUACCCUUAUAUUGUUGUGGCGGAAGUGAGGCGCGGGUGAAAAUGGUGAGGAGUAGUGUAGUGUGUUGUUUCUUGUUGAUUCUUCUAGCUGGAUUUGACCGGUCGCCGUUGGUGCACUGGGGUCCCCGGAAACCGGCGGAGGGCUAGUGACGGUGCCUCUGCCACACGUGGGGUCCGAAGCGCGCGAACGCCCCCGGCUAUGUGUUCGGGUGUUAACUCGCCCUGCAGGCCGGCGAACUCGCGGAAUCGACUUUCCGACGGCCACCCGGAGAAGGCGGAGUGGCCCCUCGCGGCCCUGGUAGCCUCGGCUGACCUUUGGAGUGUGCUGACCCCUAAGGCCUUGAAUGCUGCGAAGCUGCGCGUGAACUUGGACUGGGUCGGCAUGCCUUUGACUCAUUUUCGACAUCUUUGAAACGCAGUUCACAUUGGAGACUCAUGUUUUUAACCUUUGCGAAAGUUACGGUGGACAAAAGCCGGCUCGAUGCAUCGUUUUCCUUUCCUCCCUCCUUCCCUUCUCUCUUCCUGUGUGUAUUUUGUUUGUUUUUUGUCUUUUCGACACAGGGUCUCCCUAUACAGUUCAGACUGACCUUGAACUCACUAUGUAGCCCAGGCUGGCCUCGAAGUCAUAGCAGUCCUCCAAGUCAUAGCAGUCCUCCUUCCUCAACUUCCAGAGUGCUGGGAUUACAGUUGUGCUCCACCAUACCCAGCUGUCUCUCUUUAAAUAUAGUGGCGCUUUCUCUUGCUGUGCAACUGUUUACCCCAGAGCCACACCUACAGAUCUUUGAUCGCUGACCUCUGUCCAGUAGUUUUUGAGAGUACUCGUUUUGGAAAGGUUGUAGUUAAAAUGUGAUCCACAUUUUACAGAGAAAUCUUGGGUUGCGGUAUGCCUGGGUGAACAACCGAAUGUCUUCAGAGAGCAGAGUUCCCAUUCUGACUGCAGGAUCUGUCCAUACCAGGGAUACUGGAAUCAGGGUGAGAAGGUCACGAUGACUAAUCUCACUGAGGAGUGAAGGAGGUGAGGGGGUACUACUUGGCUGGGCUGUACCUACGGGAGUCAUCGCCAUAGGAGUCAGUGUCCUAAAGUCCAUGGAAAGGGCUGUCCCUACAGAACACUUCCUGCCUGAAAUCUCCACCCACCAUCAAGCAUCAGAGUGAACUCUGUUCCUUUCUAGGUCUCUCCAGGCCCAAGUACGGGCCAGGUCACCUUACUAAGUGCCACUGACACCACCUCAGUGCCAUUUGAUUCCGGGACACUCACACUGGCCAGAGUCCAGCACCCAGGUGGCAGGUGCAUGAGCUGUCUGAGUGAUGGAGUCAGGAAGCAUGGAGGUGACAUCGCCCUCACAGAGUUCAUGUUGCAGAAGAGGGCCAGCCCCUCAACACCUGUAAACAAGAUCAUCACCAUGAUGCAAAUAGGCUGGGGGAAACAAGAGUUCCUGGGUUCUGAUUUACCCUGUGGCAAGAGGAAGGUGUCAGCGGAGUUAAGAGGAAGCAGCUGCUGUAACGCCCAGCAGCGGGGUGUCCAAGAAGGGACAGUGCACACAAAGUUCUGACAUGAGGGACAAGGCAGCUGGGCAGCACACUUGAGCGAUGGGAAAGUCACAUGGCAACAGGUCAGCAAAGCCAAGCAGUGUGCAAGCAUUAGCCACACAAACCCAGUAGCCACCGAUCAUCCAGUGGAACAGCACAGGGCUAUGAGUGGGGGUGCUGCAUGGAGACCACUGGGAGGUGGAGGAACCUGGACGACAAGAUGCUUGGUGAGAAGACGCAGACCCAGAAGGCUGCUAAUGAGAUGAUUCCACUCAGAUGUGCUGUGUGUGCCAGGGAGACUCCUGAGACAUGGAGCAGACAGGCUUCCGGGAACAGACCCGGGGCCACUCCUGGGUAUAGGGUGUCCCCUUUUGGAGUGAGAUCGAGGUGGUGAUCGUACAACACUAUGAACAUACUGAAUGCCUCUGAAUGACGUGCUUUAACAUAGUUUCUGUCGUGCAGAUUGCUCCGCAGUUUAGGAAAAGACACAUCAGCAGGUGUGGCAUGGCUGGCUACUUGGUGGCCCUCAGUGGUGUGGGAGGCAGCAUCAGGGAACGGACCUGUUCUACCUGCUCCUGUGGAAAGAGCCGCUGCCCUCCUUCCCUGGCCCACUCCUGUGCUGGUGCUGCUGGAGGUGGACGGGGGACGGUGUCCACAACAGCCACCACAGCCUCUCCCCCAGCCGUGCCUGGAGGAGGCCUUCGGGGCGCCCAUCACCAGUGAUGACUAUGGGCGGCUGUAGUCUGCUUGUGACACCCCACUCCUUCCUUGGCCACUUCUUCCUUCCCCAAGGUGCCUCCCCUCAACUCUGGCUUUGAGGUCCUUUCUUGCCCUGAUUUUGCUCUUACAGGGGCUCUCUACCUCCCCACUAGUGCCUACCUCGUGAUUUCAAGGCAAAGCCAGAAGCUUCCCUGCCCCUGUUUCCCCCACAUUUGUUAGUAGUGCAUAUUAGUUGUAGAAAUUCCUGAGCUUCAUCCUGGCAGAUUAGUACCCGUAUGCCACAUACUUUACUCAGUUCCCCUACCUUCCUCACCCCUCUUUGCCCCCUUCUGCGUGGCUUCACAUUUAGCAGUGGCACAAUGUCAAUGAUAAAUUUUGAUCAUGCGCACGCCCACCACCCACCCUGUGCUCCCUCUCCUCCCUCCUCCUCCCUUCCUCUUGUCUAACAAUAGUUUGCCAUUGACUGUAUCAUCUUUACCAUCAGCCCCAGGUGAAACGCUGCCCAGAAGAGCUCUGCUGAACGGGUCCAGCUCGCCUCAGUACCCUCCUGUUAGCAAAAGCUACCAGGUUACCAGGGUGUCACCAGCUGCCCGCAGCCCAUCCCUUACCCUUGGAUGUUUCUCCAGGCGACACACCAGCCUGUCCAAGAGAUCACAAACCAUUUUAAUUGCCCCUGGCAGUGUGCACACAGUUGCAUACUAUGUAGUAUGAACUCUCCCUUGGUCCUUCUGAGAACUCAAUGGGAAUCAAGGUUCUAUUUUUGCCCUCCAAAUGCUCAAGUUCCUUCUGGCAUUAGGAGCUUCCUUACUUCUGUUUCUGCAGCUCGGUAUUUCUGGAGAAACUGUUUUCUCAAGGGCUGAGAACUCAACCUUUAGUAUACUCUGCUGGCUCCCUCCUUGACUUGGAGCUAUGGUGUUUCUUUGCAUUUUCCAGAACCAUACAGAACUUUCUGUGCACGAGGCACAGUGAGAUGUGCUUUCUCAGCACGAGGCAGAAACUGUUAACUACCCCUCUGGGGAUGCAAAAAGGCACCCUGAAGAAAAAAAAAAAAAAAAAGCAGCCUGCCCAGGCGAGUACUACAGCUGAUGCACAGUAUGGCUCUGAUUUGAUUGGACAGCUACCUCCAACCUGUGACCUCUGGCUUGAACACAGAACUUGAGUCCCUCUGCCACAGUGGUGUUAGCCUCACUGCCUCAUUCAGCAGGAAGAGGGAUUUGAGGAUGAAACAGCUGUGUGACCUUGGACACCUGCCUCCAUCUGUCCAGAGGAAAAUCCUUAAGUUCCUCCACUCACUUAAUUCCCACAGAGGAAAACCAAAUAGGACAAGAUGGAAGGAAGGCCAGGUGACAAGCCUGCGACUUUAAGUAGAAUAAUCUGGGAUGGUCUCUCUGGGAAAGUGGCCCCUGAGUACUGUCUAAAAGGGAGUAAAGAGUGUUUUGGGUAGAGGGAACAACAAGUGCAAAGGCCCUGAGGCUGAGCAUGAUUGAAACAUCUAGACAGCAAGGAGCAGGGGAAUGGCUGUAAGUCAGCAAGUAUAGAUGAGCAGGGCUCCUGGGCCAUGCAGAAGACUGGCCUACACAUCAAAAGGAGUGACCUAAGUAGACUCAGACCUCAACAGGCCCGGCCUGCCUGCUGUGUGCAAAACAGGCAGUGGGCACUGGAGGAAGAAUUUAGGCGCCAUUGCAGAGGACUGGUGGCAGCGAUCAGGGCACCGCCAUGCAGGUUGGAGGAAGCCGUUGAAUUGGACCCUAAAUGGCUCAACAUUGAAGAACCACAAAUUUAUAUAAGCCAAAAUCAUAGUGGUGAGAUGCAGAUUUUCAGUGAAGCUGCUGGGAUUACCUAGAUACUUUCCAUAAUGGAUCAUGGGCCAAGAAGGGCCCCAGGAGUUACCCUCUCCUUCAGCAUUGUCCUCAGGGUAGAAUUGGGGUGAACUGCGUUAUCACUCACAAAGGAGAGGGAAUCCCCACCCCUCUUGGAGUUCUCCCCCAGGCUCUGGUCUCCAGAAGGCCAAACCUAAGCGUGUAGUGGGACGCACAGCCCUGGCCCUGGCCCUGCUUCUAUGGGCAGGGCCUAGACAGACGUGUGGAACCUGCUCGGCAGCUGCUCCAGCCCAGCCCAGUCCAGCCCAGUCCAGGCCAGCCCAGCCCAGCAGGACUGCGCCACAGUCCCUGCCACUGCCAGGGAGAGGAAGGCCAGUGGGAAGCGCGUUCUGUGAGUGGACAGCAGAGAAGCAAUGGACAGGUAAAGCUCCAGCUGACCCAGAAAGCAAACUGGGAAGUGGAUCUGAAUGCAAACCCAGCCCCCACGGUCAUUCCCUCGGUGCCCUGUGCCCUUCCAGAGCCCGCCCUACACCAGCCAUGGCAGAGCUGUGCCGCACGGAUUCCACGCUCACAGCCCUGGACGAGGACGCACUGUGGGAGAUGAUGGAAAGCCACCGCUACAAGAUCGUGCGCAGCAUCCACCCCAGCCGCCUCACCCCCUACCUACGCCAGGCCAAGGUGCUGGGCCAGCUGGAUGAGGAAGAGGUCCUGCAUAGCCCCCGCUUCACCAACAGUGCCAUGAGAGUCGGGCACCUGCUGGACUUGCUGAAGGCCCGAGGGAAGAACGGGGCCAUUGCUUUCCUGGAGAGCCUGAAGUUCCACAACCCUGAUAUCUAUACCCUGGUCACUGGCCUGCAGCCGGAUGUGGACUUCAGCAACUUCAGUGGCCUCAUGGAGACGUCCAAGCUGACUGCAUGCCUGGCUGGGGCCAUUGGCAGCCUGCAGGAGGAGCUGGCCCAGGAGAAAGCCCAGAAGGAGAUGCUGCUGCGGCAGUGCGCGCGGCUGCAGGAGAGCCUGGCCCGGGCAGAGGUGCACAUCGAGGGCCUGCGCCAGCUGGAAGCUGACCACAGCCGCAUGAAGUGUGAGGCCAGCGCCCACUUCCACGAGGUGCUGAAGCUAAAGGACGAGAUGCUGAGCCUGUCCCUGCACUAUAGCAACACCCUGCAGGAGAAGGAGCUGGCCACCACUCGCUGCCGCACCCUGCAGGAGGAGCUGUACCUGGCAAGGCAGGAGUUGCAGCGGGUGGACAUGGUGUCUUCCUGCGAAUGGGAAUUCCGGGAGCGGUCCCUGAAGAUGGCCUGCGACCUGGAGCCGGGGGACAAGGAGCUGAGCCGCCUGAAGGAAGAGAACCAGAAGCUCCGCUCGCUGACUUUCAGCCUGGUGGAGAAGGACAUUCUGGAACAGGACCUGGAUGAGGCCCUGGAGAGCAAGCAGGAGCUGGUAGCCCGUAUCCACUCGCUGCGGGAGCAGGCGGCGGCCGCAGAGAGGCAGCGGAAGCAGUACUGGGAGGAGAAGGAGCAGACCCUGCUGCAGUUCCGAAAGACACAGGUGGACUGCGAGCUAUACAGGGAGAAGAUGAGCACGCUUCAAGGCCAGGUGGCUGAGCUGCAGAAGGAACGUGACCAGGCGUAUGCCGCAAGGGACAGAGCCCAGAUGGAGAGUUCCCAGAGCCUGCUGGAGAAGGACUCCCUCCGCAGGAAGGUGUUCGAGCUCACAGACCAGGUCUGUGAGCUGCGCACUCAGCUGCGCAAGCUCCAGGCGGAGUCCCCAGCCGGGUUCCAGCCAGAAGCCGAGGCUCGGGCGCCCUGCCCACGGGGGAAGCCGAGGCUGGUGCGGAUGCAUGCUGUGUGCCCUAGGGACAACAGUGACAGUAGCCUCCAGGGCUCCACUGAGAGACUGCUAGGCUGGAUGCAGGGGUGCACACCUGUGAUCCCAGAACCCUGGGAGACUGAGUCCCAGCUCUGGUGGGACCUGAGCACCACGUCCAGCCGUGAGCCGGCCAACAGCUUCCGCUCUGCCAGCCCUGUGCCCCCGAGUCAGCAGUCCCUGUACAAGCGGAUGGCAGAGGUCUUACAGGAAGACCCCGAGUCUUUAAGCAGCUUCCCAGAAAUCCUGGAGGUGGACCCAGGCAUCCCUCCAGGGACUAAAGUGGACCUGGACACAGACCUGGAUUAUGAGAUCCUCGACAAGGCAGACCUCCCUGAGCCCGAGGGCAGCCUGCAGUGCUCUUCCAGAGACCUCAGCACCUCAGAAAGUGUCCCCGUGAGGCGGAGGCCAGCGCGUAAGAUCCUGAGUCAGGUCACAGUGCUGGCAUUCCAGGGGGCCGCACUGCUGGAACAGAUUAGUGUCAUCGGUGGGAACCUCACAGGCAUCUUCAUUCACCGGGUCACCCCGGGGUCAGCAGCAGAUGAGAUGGCCUUGCGCCCAGGCACCCAGAUCAUGAUGGUGAACCAUGAGGCAUCAACACCCUCGUUCAAGGCCGCCCUGGAGAACACCACGCUGGAGCAGGCAGUCAGGCUCCUGGGCAGAGUGACUGGCUUCUGCUGCCUGACUGUGAAAGUCAACACUGAGGGUUAUAAGAAGUUGGUCCAGGACCUGGAGGCCAAAGUGGCAACCUCAGGGGACUCAUUCUACAUCCGGGUCAACCUGGCCCUGCAGGGGCGAGCGGAGGGAGAACUGCAGGCAUAUUGCAAUGAUGUCCUACAUGUCACUGACACCUUGUUCCAGAACCACAGCUGCUGGCAUGCAUACCGUGUCAACCCGUACACCAUGAAGACAGCAGAGCAUGGUGCCAUCCCCAACUACUCACAGGCUCAGCAGCGCCUCAUUGCCCUCAUCCAGGACAUGACUCAGCAGCGCACUGUUACCCGCAAGUCUUUGGGGGGCCCACAGAAGUUGGUGCGCAUUGUGAGUGUGGACAAAGCCAACCCCCCAAGGUCGUCCUUUGACAAGAGCCAGCUGAACCCCAGCAGCCUGGAAGACCACACCAGCACAUGCUUCUGGGCAGAGAGCUGCUUCACCCUGGCGCCCUAUAGCCUGGUGCACCCACACAAACCCAGCCAGCCCCGGCCUGUAAUCUUCUUGCCCAGGAUGGUCGGGAAGAUCCUGAGCAGAAAACUGAGCCUUCGCCAAGGAUUUAAGACGUGCCCAGCAGAGUACUUGAGCCAGGAGGAGUAUGACGCCUGGAGCCAGAGAGGGGACAUCAUUCAGGAAGGAGAGCCAUAUGGUGGCCACUGCUGGGUGACCCGCCAUGCUGUAGAGUCGCUCAUGCACAAGAACACACACGCCCUUCUGGAUGUCUGGCUGGACAGUGUAUGUGUCCUACACAGGAUGGACAUCUUCCCCAUCAUUGUCCACAUCUCUAUCAACGAGAAGACGGCAAAGAAGCUCAGGAAAGGCCUGCAGAGGCUCAGUGUCUCAGAGGAGCAGCUCCUGGAGGCGGCCAGGCAGGAAGAGAUGGACCUGGACAAAGUGCCCUGCCUGUACAGCAGCCUGGCCCCUGACAGCUGGAGUGACCUGGAUGGGCUGCUGGGCUGUGUUCAUCUGGCCAUCUUGGACGAGCAGAAGAAGGUGGUGUGGACAGAGCAAAGGCCCUAGUGACGUGAUGGCCUCCCUGGGGCUAAAGGAUCUCUAUGUGCCUGUUAAUGCUGCUUCUCCUUUGAGCCAGGGCGUCAGGGAACAGCUGGGGCUGUUUGGCACACAAACCCAGCUCUCCCCUUCCUGAGGUUCUGUGUACCCUCAGCCCUUGUGGGUCAAGUCCUUGGACCCCCUCAGCCCCCUGUGAAAGCCAUAGCCACUCUCUACCAGGGCUGGGUGUGGCCUUGCUGGGGGGGCCUGAGAACCUCACUGCAGUAUGGGGCAGUGCUUCCCAAGCCCCCAGACCUCCUGGACCCCUGGACAAGUGCUUGUCUGGUUGUGGGGGCUGCUCUUCUUUUUGUAUUCAAAGUGUCAAGAGAUAUCUUCUGAGCCAGCUGGAGCUGCCACCCCCACCCAGGACAGGCACAGGGUGACCCUGGCAGGCUUCUCUCCGCACUGUUGGGUCACAGAUACCUGUGUAGCUGCUUGUGAACAGUACCUGUGGUGGCACAGUUGUCCCAUGGUCUGUGCCUCCUGGCCUGCAACUCUGGCUCUGAGGAUGCAGGAAUGUGCUGAGAGCUGGGCACAAAUGCCAUUGGACAGGCCCAGCAAUCUUCUUGGGUGUGAACUGCAGCCCACAGCCCUUGUCCAGGCCCAGGACAAGGCCCAGCCUUGUCCCACUGCCACUUGGCCAGGGAGCGAGCACAACUCAGCCUGGUUCCGGUGAGCAUCCCACUUGCCGAUGACUCCUGCCUCCCAGGACUAUUGUACACUAAAUGUCACUUGAACAGUGUCUCUGCAUUGGGACAUUAUCCCACAAUUCAAGUUGCUGUUAUCAUAAAUGAAUUCCGUAAAUAAACUCACGUUUUAUUAAAAUAAAAAGAUGUUUACAGUG